UCUUGUAGAAACUUUAAGGAAAUGAUUAGUACCACGUAAGAAGGGAAGGCGCUUUAAGCGGCACGAUAGGGCCACCCUCUAUGUGGAAAACUAUAAAUUAAGAGAACACACAUGACUCUACUCUAUAUCUGUUUUUUAUUCAGUGCAUAUGUAUAAUUUGGAAAAGAAAUUGUAGCAUUUUUAGUAAUGUGAAAAUCGUGAGGUUCACUGUCAUUUACGCCGAAAAAUACUUUGUUAUUAAAACAAUGUCUGAUUUUAAGAAUCUAGAACGAGCAUUAAAGCAUCUGAGAAAAAAUGUUGCAGAAUUUCCAAUCGGAGCAGUUUCAUGGAAUGACUACAAGCCUAUAAAAGAUAAAAUUCAAAUUUUAAAAGGAUCAACUAGUCGCCUAUGUUCCAGAAAAAUAAUGGUUAAAGCUAAAUUAGAUUACAUAAAUAAAAAAUCAUCUACAAAAAAUACGAAAAAUAGUUUUCAAAUGCUACAAGAUACUACAGCCAAAGCAAUUAUAAAUAAUAAUGCAAUUAAACUAUGUCUUCAAGGUUAUACUAUACAAGAUGUUCUGUUUAAUAAAUAUAAAAGUGACACUAAGGAGAAAAUGAUCGUGGCUAUGAGGAAGUCAUUUAUAUUGAACGACGCUAUCCUGUCAAAACAACAAUGUGUUGAAGAUGCAUUUCAAAGACAAUUAAAUUUAAAAAUUGAGUGUCAGAAAGCCAUAUUUGACUAUCAUACCUUUUUAAAGGAACAAGAUAAUCUAAGAAAGAAAAAGUUGCAGAAAACAAAUCCUACCAUAGCAGAGAAUAAAGAAAAAAUACUGAAAUUUAUUAAGAAGAUAAAUAUUAUGAAAAAACUUAUCACUAACUUCGUAGCAACUUCAGCAGAACUCUUAGUGAAAGAACCUUUCUUUAUAGAAAUGUUAGAAAAACAUGCAGAACUAAUUAACGAAGAAACAAUAAUAAAAUUAACAGAGAAUGCUCGCAAGAGUAGAAAGUGAAAGCGUAGAAAAAAAUGUGUUCUUCUUAUUUUUUUUUUUGUAUUUUUUAUACUUUUAUACGAUAAUGAUGUAAUUAAUCAUAAUCAUAAAUAUUUGCAUUUUUAAUAACCAUGUCAUUUGCGUUUAAUAUGAAAAUGUUCAAUAAGAUUAAUGUGAACUGAUGGACAAAGAAUAUCAAUGAAAGUAUUGAAAAAUUUUGUGUAACCAUAUAUGGUCUAUCUACAUUAAUAUUACAAAUACUUUACUCUUCUUUUCAUUAUGAAUAAAGAAAAAUAAACAUUAUAUAGAGAUACUUCGAUUAUCAAAAAGAAAAUAUCAAAUAGAAAAUAUUUUGAUUAAAAAAAAAGAUAUUUCUCGCAAUAUUCUUAUUAGUAUAUACAUACAUUUAACAAAAUCAAUUGGCAAAUACAUACGGUGCAGCAUUAUAAUUAUCUUCUCCACAUACUGUAUUCUGUUUUAUUUUCUCAGAUUAAUCGCAAGCUUAGUGUGCAAGACAAUAAACUGAAAGAAUAUACUUGUCCACAAAAGAGACUGAUAAAAGAUAACUAAGAAAAAAAAUAGAUGCAUAGAAAUGUGAAAAAUGUACUUUUAAAAAAAGACCAAAAAAAGAUUUAUGGUUAGUCGGAAGCUGAAUGUAUUUUACCUAAAUAUGAACAUUUUCGAUUAGUUUAACGUGUGUCUUUUUUUUUAUCGAUCAUUUGAAAAAGAAAUGUGAUAUCAUGCAUUUGGUAAGAUUAUAAGUACAUAUUCACAUUGCAUCAAUUAUAUUUCCAUUUUCUUUUAACUGCCUUUCUUAAAAACCACCAAUUUUUCUUUGGUGUCGUCAUGCUUAUGCAAUAAUAGAAGUGUUCAACCACAUCCUAUGUGGUUAUUUGACAGACAUAAUAAUACACAGUUUAUUAUUUAUUGUUAUAUACAUAUAUAUGUAUACACAUAUGUGUAUGGUAUGUGUGAACGCGGGGGCACGCGUAUUAUGGCGAGGGAGUGAGAGAACGUCAAAACUACUUCACAUUCUCUUUACUUUGGGCUUUUCGUAGCAUUUCUUUAUUACUUUAUUUUUGUUUCCUUUUUUUUUUUUCUUUAUAUGUAAUUUUUUAUCCUCCCUCUCUCUCGGUGCAAUGUUUCCUUUCUAUUAUAUGUACAAAAUAACACACAUUUAGUUGAACUGACUCCCUCCCCGUUAUAUUUACUUUCACAAAUAUGUCAAAAAAGAUCUGCAUGUUUUUCUGAGUUUUCUCUGUCAAAUUGCGCAUGCAUACAUAUUCAGAUAUGAGAUAUUACCAAGAAGCAUGAACUGCCAAUUCCAUAAAAAUAGCUAUUAUUUGCCGAGAAUCUCCUAUUGAAUGUUAUAUCGAUAAACUAUGCAUAUAACUGAACACGCAGGUAAUUCUUUGAUAUUAAGUGGAAUAAAUAGCUAUAAUUUAAUAGUCAGCAAUAUAAGAAAUAUUACUAUCGAAAAUCAUUAGUAUGUUUGUUUAAAAAGUAUCAUUUUUGGGGAUCUUAAUGAAACGUGGUAUUUUUAAAUGAAAAUAUUACGACAUCCAUACAGAAAUUGAGAUCGACACAUAGACUGCAUUUCUAUUUGCAUUUCAACGAAUGAAAUACAAAUAAUGUUAAAUAGAUAUUAUAUUAAAAAAAAAACACACACACAAAAAAAUAUGAUGAAACUAAAAAUAUCAAAGCAUCGUAUGAACUGAAUAUCUUAACUUAUAUAAAAUGCAGCAUUGACUAAUUAUUUGUUUUGUAUACUUAUUUUACAGAAGUAAUGAAAGAAAAACAAGACAGAGCAUUUGUAUUAUCGAAUUAUACAUUGGAAUAAUGAAUAUUAUGACGAUAUAACGAUACAGUCUGUUCCCAGCAAAAUGCAUGACCAUAAAGACAAUAUCAUCGAUCCUAGGAAACAAACGUUUUCAUGUAUAUUCAUUAUGUAUGUAUGUAUGUAUGUAUACGUACGUCGCUCUUGGUCCAAAUUAUCUUAUCCAAUUCGUAAAGACACGACUAAAGCAUACAAAACUGAAUCCUUGAAAUACAAUAUCACUGUGUAACAAUAUAUAACAGUCCUUCUAUGGGACAGGUGUACAGGAGUAGUUAGUAACAAAAUUACAAUCUCGGUCUCAGGCAUUUUUUACUCACAACCAUACUUUUUUUUAUCCAGCAAUCAGCCAUAUUAUAUUAAAAAUCGUCUAACGAAUUUUAUGAGCUAGAUCGACUGCAUAACAGGCAGCAAGGUCAUGUGUCUUAUCCACGAUCAUUAUUAUUAUUAAUCAUUCCUCUUAUCACUUAAGCCUUAUUUAAAAUUCAAUACGAGAUUUCUUUUGGACUCUUCGCGUUUUAUCUUCACGUAUUUUUAUUUUAUUUCUUUUUUCUAUUUUUUUUAUUUUCCUCUUUUUUAUUUACUUAUUUACUUAAUCCCUUUUAUUUUAUUCCAUUAUUUAUCCCCGAAGAACAACAGACAUAUCUGACCGUUCUAAAAACAUGACAUCUCUUUCUUUUUGUUGUUUUCUAUUCUUUUCUUGUAGUUUUUUAGUUAGUGCGAGUAUAUUUAUAUACAUGCGCGCUACACUGGCGAGAUACACUAUCUACAGCACGAAAUAUUUCUUAAAAAAGUUUCGUCUCACAAGAGACCUCUUCCUCUUCGCGGCGAAUAAACUAAUAAUAAUAAUAAUACUAAUUAUUAUUAUUAUAUUAUAAUUAAAAAAAAAAAUAGAAAUUCCCAUUUCUCUCUCUUUCCACAUAUGCAGCACACAUGCACAAAACACUUUUGGACACUUCACUCAUUUCUAUUAUUUUCGCUUAUCUUAUUGUAGUAAAAUGUCUAUAUAUUUUUUUUCGUCAUUUUUGCAGCGCAACUGCAAUUUUACAAAAGGAACGAUAUUAUCCAUUCAGAUCCGGCGACAAAAUUUCAAUAACGAUCGAGAAUAUAUUUUACAAUCAUCGAUCCAUUCUUAAAUAUCUCUCUGAUCUUUCGGAUUUUUUGUUUUCCUUUUUCUUUUUCUUCGAAAUAAAAUAAUAAUAAGUACAUGAAUAAAUCUAUCGCCGAUCUUAAUUAAUUAAAUAUAUAUUAAUCUAUCGAUGAAUUCACUAUAUAUUAACACUCGACAAAUUUACUUAAUUAAUUUGAUAGAAGUUUUUUAUUUUCUGACUUUCUCGAUUUUUACAACCUUGCUAUCCCUUAUAGCAAA